CUGCGGCUGCUGUCUGACACGCCGGAGCUGCGCCUGGACCGCGUCACCGGCCGCACGCCCUUCUCACUGGCGUUGAGCGUGGAGCAGUGCGACGACCAAGCCGAGCUGCGGGUCGUGCUGCGCCGCCCGGAUCGGGACGGACCGGACCACGUUCACGCCAGGCCGGCGGCCAGCGUCCGGCUGCCGGGAGCGCAGGGCGACGCCGCGCACCAGUUCCGGCUGCUGAUUCGGCCCGACCACACGUUCCAUAUGGCGCUGGACGACCGGGUGGUGAGGAGCGGUUCGCUGCUGGAGGGAGCGGCCUCGCCGUCCGGCGGUGUGGAGCCGACAGCUUCCAGCGCCGCCCCGACAUUAGCCGAGCUGGCCGACGCGGGUGCGGUCAGUUUCGAAGUGCGCUCGGUGGCGGAGGGCCUCCGCCUGAACAACGUGCUGGUAGCCAGCUCACUGGAGGGCGCUCGCCAGUACAAGGCCGGCGCUGUCCAGCCGAAACCGGCGGCAGCGUCGGAUGGAGGAGCUCAGCACUCUGGACUGGUUCAUGGUGUACAGCAGCGAGCGGCCUUGGCUGUACGGUGUGUACGUGCUGGUCGUGGGCGUGCCGGCGUGCCUCAUCAUCUCCUGCUUUCUACCAGACGAUCUGGACCAGGCGGCGCGCCACAAGAAGACGGACGACAUGCGGCCUUACGACCGGCUGGCGGGCGGCGGGCGGCGCUCCUGGCUGUUCUCGGCCGGCUCGGAGGGCGCCCGGUCCUCUGCUGGAACGCAGGGCGUGCGGGCGUCGACGGCGACAUCUCCACGGUCGGGAGCGGGGCUGCCGAGGUCGGGCUCUCCCCGUCGGAGAAGAGCUCGUCUUGAGUGAGGUCCUCACGCCAGUGGGCCCGGCCUGGGUCGACCUGCGCCAAACCGGACCGCACCGGACCGGACCGGGCCGGGUCGCCGUCGGUUUGUCAACAGUUUGUGGAGCUCCCGGCCGCUACCCUUGCCUGUCAAGCACUAGUCAUUGGUUCAUGAAUCUUAAGUGGUCACUAGCCGCGAGUUGUACGUUUUCUCUCCCUGGCUAUCGACCGGCGAUUGGCGAGCUGAGGUACGUCGGGUGAUGGCCAGCUGUUGGUGGGUCAGCUGAACGCCAGCAGCACAUUAGUUCCGAGCUGUUCACCUGCGCACCGCUGAUCUUUGUCUCACGGUUGGACGCGCUGUCCGGCAUCCGCUGGUCACUGGCAGUCGGACCGCCGGUCCCUGCACUCUGAACUGCCGGUAAUUUCCAUGUACGAUGGUGGCUACCAGCUAGCUUAUUCGUCAGCACUCACUUGCAAGUCUGGGUCAAGGGGUACCGGCCAUGCCUCGCGAGAACUCCUUGACGGCCCGAUCUCAUUCACACGUGAUGGCGUGACCAGCGCACAUUCCGAUGUCCGAGUUCUGGACGGGACAGCCUUGCGGAGGCUUGCAGCUCAAGCCGUCAAGCAAGCGUUGUACUUGAGCGUGUCUGUGAGGCAUGUAGAACUCGGCGUGUGUUAGCCUUGUUAGUCAUGUAAGUCGAUUGUUCAUGGUGUCUGCAGCCAGCGGGCUGUAGAUGACGGAUGAUCACGUUAAAUACGUUUCACUCUACGUCCACAAUACUACGCACGCGGCGAGACCAUGCCGGCACGAACGCCAGCAGAGGGCCACGGAUAACCGACCGCGGCGGCCAGCCGUUGCAGAUCGGUGAUGUGGGACGCGCUGCGCCCGGUGGGUCCGCGCGGGUCGGCCUCUAGCGCCUGCGGGGCCGGAGCGGGGCCUCCCGCCUCACCCGGGCACGUCCGGGGCCCUGUCGCGCUCCGGCGGCUCUUGGGCAUCCGACCGAAAGUGACGCGCGUGAUGAGAACCCGCACAGUGCUGAGAACGAGCGCCUGCACGGCGUGCGCGGAGAGAUCGCGCCGCUGCGGCCGCCGAGUCUGCCGGGUCUGCCGUGACAGGCACUGCAGACCGCCUGCCGCCGACCGUCGCGGCACUGAUGCGGACGCCGCGCAGGCGUGUGACUGUCCGUCAAGUGUGCUGCUCGACACCAGCCUUACCAGCGCACCGGUGUGCAGCUCUUCGUGCGUCGUAUUCUCUUCUGGCUGAUGUCUGUUUUCCAUUAAGCGUGCAGAUUUAUCAUUAGAGCACUCUCCUCAAUACAAGGUCUCUGCAAACGUCCUGCGUCUAGUUGGUGGUGCAGAAUGGUACGGAAGCUACCACCGAGCCGGCCAGCCAGAGCGCAGGGACACGUGUC